UCAUCAAUCGAUAAAUUGUUUUUUUCUCAACUGAUCAAUUUCUGAAGAAAAGACAAAAAAAUCAUCAUUAACAAUGGAAACAAUUGGACAAUUUGAAUAUAAUGAUAAGGAUAUGCUUGGCCAUGGUGCAUUUGCUGUGGUAUAUAAAGGUCGUUUUAUAAAUAAUCCUAAAAAAGAAGUUGCCAUCAAACGAAUAACCAAGAAAAAUCUUUCACGUUCACAAAAUUUAUUGAAAAAAGAAAUAAAAAUUCUACAGGAAUUAACUGAAUUACAUCAUGAAAAUGUUGUCUGUCUAUUGGAUUGUAAAGAAACUACACAAUAUGUUUAUCUGGUUAUGGAAUAUUGUAAUGGUGGUGAUUUGGCCGAUUAUCUUAAUGCAACUAAACGAACAUUAUCCGAGACUACUAUUCGUGUAUUUUUACGACAAAUAGCUGCCGCGAUGAAAGCAUUGAAUGCUAAAGGCGUUGUCCAUCGUGAUCUCAAGCCUCAGAACAUUUUACUUUGUUAUCAAUCUGAUGAUGAUGGUGGUAUGCCACCCCCGACACAAAUACAAUUGAAGAUUGCCGAUUUUGGUUUUGCACGAUUUCUUGGUGAAGGUGUCAUGGCAGCUACACUUUGUGGUUCACCAAUGUAUAUGGCUCCAGAAGUGAUAAUGUCACAAAGAUAUGGUGCAAAAGCUGACCUAUGGUCGAUCGCAACAAUUAUCUAUCAAUGUUUAACUGGACAGGCACCAUUCAAGGCAAACACACCUCAAGAAUUACGACAUUAUUAUGAAUCGACACCAAAUUUAGCUCCAAUGAUACCCAAAAGCACUUCACCCCUAUUGGCCGAUCUUCUCACUCGUUUACUAAGACGAAAUGCCAAAGAUCGUAUGGAUUUUGAAGAAUUUUUUUGUCAUCCAUUCCUAAACGAAGAUAUUAAUUUGCCUCCAAUGAUGACAUAUUGUGAUAAUAAAAAUUCAAAAUUCAAUCAAGAAAAUAUUAAACCUAAUUAUAUGAAACAGCAUCAAAAUUCUCGGGUAAAUCGUUUAAAAGAGGAGAAUAAAUUGGCUAAUAUCAACAAGGGAGGAUCGUCUAGUUCUAACCAAAUGAAAAAUUUAAAAACAAAUAUCGAAUCGGAAAAGAAAGAGAAUACAAAUAGCAAUAAAAAUCGUCAAUCACCGAAUAGCGGUGAAACAAGUGAUGUCGAUGAUUUUGUUAUGAUAAAUGAAGAUGUUGUUGCAACGAUUGUGCCCCAACAAAUUCCAAAUGCUGUUACAGGAACCAUGACAACGGCAGCAGAAUCUAGUCUUUCUCAAAGAAUAUUAAAUCGUACAUUGAGACCAUUGGUUUCAUAUGCCAUGCCUGAACCGGUUCCUGUACCAACACAACGUGCCGCUUAUGAACAGAUACAGCGUUCAAGUGGUUCUAAUUCAAGUUCCAUUGGCGUCAUACAUGAAAGUGAUUCCGAGUCGACUAGUGGUGGCGGUGGAAAUGGUAAAUCAUCGAUGGCUAGUCAAAGUCCUCCACGAACACCACCGCAGAAUAUUGUUAAUAAUAAUAAUAAUCAACAGCGUAGACAAUCAUCAAACACGCAAAAGCCAACCUGUUCACCACCAAAUACAUUGAAUCUCAAACGAAAUGAUUCGUCAUCAUCGAUUGGUUCGAGUGUUGAAAGUGCUAGUUCUCGUGGCGGCUCUUCUCGACAUAUAUUAACCACUGAUGUUAGUCAAAUGUCUCCACCGGUGAAUUUUGUACUUGGAUCAAGUCCAACCCAAUCACCCGGAUCGGGUUUCAUGCAGAUGAAUUCUGGAAAUAAUAGUAGUUAUCAUCGAUCUCGUCGUCUUAGUAUACCUCAUCUAAAUCCGCAACAACAACAACAAUUUCCUCAAGCAAUUUCACCAUCAUAUUUUAAUUAUCCUACAUCAAAUUAUUCAAAUCUAUCCGGCUAUCAUUAUGGUUCGAUGGCCAAUCAUCAUCCACAUCAUCAUCAUCAACAACAAUAUCAUCAUGGAUCACCGGAACGAUAUACAAUGCAAAAUAUAUCACCCAAAUCAUCUCAACAUUCGAAUCUUCGUCAUAGUAAAACGGAACCAUCGAUUAGUUCGCAUUUACCAGCUAAUAAUAAUGAUAGCCUAAUGAAAACUAUCCAACAUUCAUCAUCAUCGUCUUUAGCCAAAGAUUAUUAUGGAUCAACACGUGCAUUGAAUAUUCAGCAACAACAAAAUUAUCCACAUUAUCCCCAACAUUAUCAUCACCAUCCACACGGUCAUCCACAAACAUAUUGCCCGGCUGGUCCUGGACAUUUUUGUGGAAUGACAGCCGUUCAACCACAAGCACAAGGUCCAGAUAACAAUAAAUUAGUUCAUCGUCAUCAUUUUCAAUCAUCAACUACUGUACAUCCUUAUUAUCCAUUGAAUCAUCAUCCACAUCAUCCAUCUACUGGUGCACAUCAACAUUUAUAUCCAUGUUGUCCUAGUGCAAGUCAAAUGAUGCAUUCACCACCAUCACCUUCAUCUACUUCGUUUCGUUCGCGUAUGUUUCCAUAUGUUAAAGAUUCAGCCAUCACAUUCGAACCACCCGUAUUGUCCGAAGAGACCUUACUUGACAAACAUCACAAUGAAACAUUAGCUAAACUGAACUUUGUAUUGGCUUUGGUUGAUUCAAUAUUUGAAUUAGUCAAUGACAUAUCUAAUCCAAUUGCUGUGUUAUCCGAAUCAACUACGUCAAAUGAGCUACUCGAUGAAGAGCAGAAAAACAAAGAACAUUUCGUUCUAUAUUUUCGAUGCUUACAGCUCUUAUCAUCAGCAUUAAAAUUGUCGCAAAAAGAAAUUAGCGAUAAACGUCUUUGUACGUCGAAUAAUGUUCGGAAUGUGUUGAAAAUAAUGAAAGAUAAAUAUCAUAAAUGUUUAGACCUAUGUAAUAAUUUACGGGAUGAAAAUAAAUCAUUACUGAAAACAUUGGACAACAUUUCGGCCGAUAAAAUCAUCUAUGAAUAUGCAUUGAAAAUGUGUCGAUCUGGUGCCGUCGAUGAAUUGAUCGGUUCACGUGAAGAGAGUUUCAAACGUUAUCAAACAGCACAGAUUCUGUUACAUAGCCUAAGUCAACAGAUCAAUAGUAAUGAUGAUCGUUACAUAUUGAAUAGAUAUCGUGAAGCAGUGGAAAAACGUUUAUAUUACCUAUUACAGAAUCAAGGAUCGGGGUAUAAUAUUUUGACAUAUAAUUCACCAUGAUGAUUAAUAAUUCGAAUAACCCUCAAAUAUUGUUUAUCAAACAUCAUCAUUAAUUGGAUACUAAAAUAUUCUUUAUUCUUAUCUACUACUACAUUUUUCGAAAAAAAUAUAUUCCAAUUCAUCGAUACUGCUAUUUAGUAAUAUUCACAUGCAUUACACUCUUCUCUCUUUUACUCAUUCACAUAUAUGAAAAAUAAAUAAAUUUCUACCCAUUAAAUCGACCAUUAGGAUUCUAUAUAAAAAUAUUCUUUGAAUUUCAUUUCAAAACAAAUCAGAAAAAAACUAAAAAAAAACAUUUUUUUUAUUCGAAUGUUUUGGAUAUACCAAAUAGUGUAUUGUAAGAAUAUUGAUUCAAUCAGAAAUCGACGCACACACACACAUUCACAUUCCAAAUUUGUUAACAUUUUUUUUCCUGUAUAUUUUUUUCAAACAAAUGAAUGAAUGAUAUGGACACCAUUCAGAAAAGAAGAUCUGUCGAUAAAGACGAAAAAAUACAUUUGAAAUUUGUUUUUUUUAAUAUGGAUAUCAUUAUAUAAUUUUUCUUUUUGGA